GAGCGGAGAGGGGGAGAGGGGGAGAGGGAAACCCGAACCCAUGACUUCCGCGUAUUUUCCUCUGUCUCGCAUGUCAAGCCACCCAGCCUCUCAGAGCGGUAUAAAAAGACAGCAUGGGUUAUGCUUCUGCAAUUCAUACUCCGACCAGGAACUUAAUAGCCUGUAUGCAGCCCAAUCUGGUUCGAUUUGGAUAUUAAAGAAUUGACCGGUAAACCGAAGUCAUAACGUUGUUAGCCAACGCCUGACCAAGGAUUUUACAUUUUUUUGGACCUCCUGUUAUCUUGCAGUGGACUUUAGCACAGUUCUUCUGACCCGGUUCUUCUGACCGACUCGUAAAAGGGAUAAUUCUGGAGAGCUUCUGGGAUCGCCACACACACACUUCAGUUUUCUUCUGGAACUCUGUGUGAUCACCGGGAACGUGAGAUGGAUGUGGAAUCUCAGAGGAGCGCGCGUCCCCGUGGACGGUGCCUGGACGUUUUCUUGGUCGGUUCUGUCGUUUUGCUCUUACUGACGGUGGCGACAGUUGUUGUCAUGGGAACUUUGGCUCUUGUAGAACUACGGUCGGAGAUCGCGGUUAAACCUUCUGUUGUGGACACGCACCGUUCAACCGAGACGAGCCACGUCGAGCCCAGUUCCAUGCCCGCGUACAAGAUGCAGAACUUCGCCUACCUGCAGCCCACCUCCAGCGUGCUGAUGAACAGCACAAUAUCCUGGUCCCAGGUCGACUAUGGACAGGGCUCCUCUCUCGGAGAUCUGUACACCUACGACCUUACCCGUCAUACAUUGAAAACCGCGCAGGACGGCUUCUACUUCCUGUACCUGGACCUCCAGCUCACCUGUACCGCCAAAUGUGGGCGGGGCAUCCUCGUCGUCCAGGUUGCAAGUCACGGCGAUGAAAAGCUGACCUGCCAGGUGGAGCUCCCAGAGUGGUCAGAGUCGAACCCUGUGACAACGGUAAAAAGGAAGUGCUGGAUGGUGAGAUGGCUGGACUCAGAGAGCCGGUUGAUGGGCCGUAUGGUGGUGCCGGAAGCACAGGACACACUGAAGUACUGGAAACUGGAUCUGAACGAAUCCGGAAUGGGAGUUUUCUUAGUGGGUUGAUAUGGGCCACGUUCAGUAGCUAAACUUUGUGAAAGGUUGCAGAUAGAAAUGCCACGAACAGAGCCAACGUUAUUCCUUCUUUAAGAUGUCAGAGAGGCAUAUUGUUCUACAUUGCAUAUUACUAUCUGAACGGUCCGAAACGUUGCGUCCUGCUGAACGCACCCCUGGGACGGAAGUUUGGGCUCCGCCACAGACGAAGGGAAGGAGGCGAGAAAAGGAAGCCAGCUAAGGGUACUGAGAUGCACCCUAUGUAGGAGAACUUGCAAACAGAAAGAGUGGACUUUGACCUCUGUCACUCAGGGCAUCGCCAUGGAAAUGAUUUAAACUAAACAAUGCAGGUCAAUAUAUAUGGAUAUUUAUUUAAUGUAUAUAUAUUUAAUGUAUACAUGUAUGUAUUUCUAUAUUUGUACUCAGGGUUACAAUGUGCUGUCUAUUCUUAUGUGUAGAUACCACUACAUUGGUGCUGGUGUGGAUUCUAAAUUCACUCUAAUAUUAUUUGAUAAAAUGUUGUUUUUGUAAUCGCUGUCUGUUAUGGUUGAGGGAAGAAUUGUGAAGUGGGGGGAGGGGGGCGGCAGACUUGUACCAUACACAUAUACUGUGUAUAAUCAUGGAUACAUGAUAUCAUUGAUUUGUUAUGCCUUAUUACCGUUGCUUGGCAACCACAGUAACCUCCUCAGAGUCUUCAGGAAGGGUUGUGUUCUGUUCAUGGACAACAGCAACAACAACAACAAUUGCAACAACCAUCUUGUUGUUUAAAAUGUACUUAUUUUCUUAAAGGCAGACUCAGCGAUAUGUCAUAGGUGCAGAAAGUAAACAGCAUAGUGGUUCAAUUUCCGCAAAAAACUCAACUUCUCCGCUGUUUUGGUCCCGUGGCUACCACGUUGUAACAGUGUGAAGCCAACCCGUACACAGAUACUGUGUGUGACUGCUGUGUGAGAGAGAGGAGUCGUGCAUCUCGCUCGUCUCAAAAUCUGCGGUGCUGCUCGUGGCAACGAGUCUAACUUGAAGUUUCUAUUUUCUUAACAUUGUUGUUUUCUAUGUAUGAUUUGCUGUGGUCUGUUGACCAGCCAGGCAGCCUCCACGGUACUGUACUCACUGAGUGAGAGAAUGAAUGAGCUCUGUCACAGAGCUCAGCUGGUGUGUCCCCCAAAUGGCACACUAUUCCCUAUAUAGUGCACUACUUUUGACUAGAGCCUAUAGGGUAGUAGUGCAUUAUAUAGGGAAUAGGGUGCCAUUUGGGAUGCAGUUAUGGGCUUCCAAUCCACUGUGGGUGUCCACACCUCAUGUCUGGAGGAACUAAGUGACAUCAUUACAUAUCCAUUGUGAAGGACAUGAUAUAAUUUGCACGGGUCGCUAUUGACCAAUUGAUGAAUGUAUUUA